AAUGUUUGUUGCAACUCGGAAUGGACUAAAAGGGAAAACACUUGAUGUAGAAACACAAGCUGUUAUUGAUAAACUUGAUGAUCUUCAAGAAGCUGGAGAAACUCCUACUAAUGCAUUUCAAAAAGUUUUUGGUAAAGAGAAUCCAGGAAGAGUUCGAUGUUAUGGAAGAACUGUUACAAAAACUUCUCUUAAGAAAAAUAAAGAAAUAGAUGAAAUCAAAAAACAAAGUGAAGAGAAGGUGACAGCUUUAAAAACUGAAUUAGACGACCAUAAGCAACGACUGCAAGGAUUGGAAGAUAUUGUGAAACUUAUGUUGCAACAAACUUCUCUUGGUAUGAAUGUUGAUGAAGCGCUUUCUCUCUUGCGAUCUAAGCAAUCGUCUGCAAAUAGUGCACAAGAUCCAAAUUUAGUUCCUCGGCAUUCUCCUCCAUCGACUCAUAUACCAAAUCAUGAAUAGUUUUCUGAAGACAUAAAGACAAUUCUUGCCACAAUGGUGAAGCACAAAGUCUUCUUGGUUUCUAGUGGACAACUUAGUUUCUUUUUUGUUUAAGUUCAUUAGCAGAAAAACAUGUAUUUUGCUUACUUAGGUUUAUUAUUUAUUUGACUUGGUAACUUAUUAGCAAGUAUAUAUGUUAAUUGGUACUUGGAAGACCUUUCUAUAU